AUGCAUUUCUACAAAAAGUUUAUAAAUACACUUUAUUUUAAACAAAAGCGGACAAUUCAGACUUCAUUGACAGAAGAAAUACAAGUCAUGCAGUCAAAGAUGGCAUCUUUAGAAGCAAACGAUGGUGUCAAAGCAUUAGAGAAAUCUUUGUUCUCUACUUCUGGAAAGAAGAUAUACAGCCAUGCAGCAAGCUAUCUUCCCUGUGAUCCUAGCUAUGGGUUGAUACCACAUUACAAGCACUGGCUGUCUGAAGAAUACACACUGCUACGAAAAAUGAGAAAGAAAUUAG